CGCAACAAAAGCCAUUCAUUUCGUUCACUCGGUCGACAUCAAUCAAUUUCAUUGAUCCAUUUUUGUCUCUCAUCACAGUAAAAUAUUAAAAAACAAAUUAAAUACGCAGUGAUUAUAGUGUAGUAUAUGCUACCUUCACUCAUCUAAAUCAGAUAAAUAUAACCAAAAAUAAUGAGUUCCGGUGGCACUAGGGUGUAUGUCGGCGGCCUUAUAGAAGGCAUAAAGAAGGAGGACUUGGAGCGCGAGUUCGACAAAUAUGGCAAACUGAACUCCGUAUGGGUAGCACUUAACCCCCCAGGUUUUGCAUUCAUAGAAUUUGAAAACUUACAAGAGGCUGAAGAUGCGUGUAGUGCUAUGAACGGCAUCGAGAUGUUAGGCACGACUUUGAAAGUAGAACUGUCGAGGAAGCGGGACGGACCCCGAAGAAACGGCGGCGGGGGUGGAGGAGGCGGCGGGUUCAGGGGAGGACGUGGAGGUGGCGGCUUCCGAGGCGGGCGAUCCUUCGGAGGACCCCCUGGUGGCAACAGACCUUUCAACCCUUAUGGUGGAGGUGGCGGAGGCGGCAGGUCAUUCAGCCGCAACGGAGGCAGCCAAGGGAGUGGCGGUUAUGGGUCAGGCGGUGGUGGUGGUGGAAAUUUCAGAUCUAGAUCACCCCUCUCUCGGUUUUAAUUUAGCUUUAGAGUUUAUUUAGGUGUUAGUGUUAUCAUAAUCUGAAGCCUUCCAAGUUUUUAAAUUCAAUGUCUGGUAAAUCUGGGGGUUGGAUACUAGGAAGAGUUCGCUGGUAUUAAGUCUCAAGGAAUUAGAGUUCCUUGGAAUAUUUGAUCUCCAAUCUACUAAUUCGUCGAGAAAUAAUACAAGAACAAUCUUCAGUGAAUAUUUAACAUACUACCUAAGCGAUCUACUGUUAAGUCCCCUUAUAAAUAAAUGAAAAAUAUGAUUACUUUG